GAAUUCACAAAGGUGGACUAAAGUUAUACCCGGGGUAUAAAACGCGUCAUUUGACGUCAUUUUAAUCCAUGGACUAAAGUUAGUACCUAGGUACUAACUUUUGCGAUUCACAAAGGUGGACUAAAGUUAUACCGGGGUAUAAAACGCGUCAUUUGACGUCACGAUUUAGUCAGCUCUUUGGGGUGGACUAAAUCGGUGGAUUAAAGUUAGUCCACGGUUUUAACCAAUCAGAGAGCAGCAUUUCUAUUGCGGAAAAGUUACCGUCAGUUUGCCGCCAAAAAGUUAACUUUUUUCGGCAGUCAAUUCAUGUGUUGUUGCCGUAUAUAACGCUACGAAUUUCACGACUGCGACCAAGAUUUCUUAACACUUCAGCAACAUACCAUACAUGUACCUACGAUAGUGAAAGUCAUGGCUCGCAAUUUUGAACAGCUGCGCCGUGUUGAGAGAGAGAGGGAGAUUCAGCAACACAUUGGAAGACCGGAGCGUGGAUUAAGGGACAGGAAGAAUCCAUUUGAAUGCUACGAGGAUGAACCUUUCAGAGAAAGGUACCGCUUCUCCAAAGAAACUGCGAUGUAUAUCAUCAAUAUGCUCGAAGGGGAUUUAGAGAGACAGACAGACAGGAAUGACCCAUUGCCUGUCAUGUUGCAGGUUUUGACUGGACUUCGUUUCUAUGCUGUUGGCACCUUUCAGAAGAUGCACGCAGACGAAGCAACUGUAUCACAAUCAUCCGUGUGCAGAAUCAUCAAAGAUGUUUCUGAGGCAAUCGCAAGGAGGAAGAGACAGUUCAUGAAGUUUCCGACGACAAGAGAUGAAAUUGAAACCACCCAGCGACAAUUUUAUGAUUACUGCGGGUUUCCAGGGGUCAUCGGUGCUAUCGAUGGGACCCAUGUCUACAUCAGGAGUCCUGGUGGGGAACAAGCCCUGUACUUCCUUAACAGGAAGAACAGGUACUCUGUAAAUGUACAGGUUGUAUGUGAUGUAGCUGGAAAAAUAACAAAUAUCGUUGCCAGAUGGCCGGGCAGCACCCACGAUUCACGGAUUUUCUCUGAGUGUGCACUGAAAGGACAGCUGGAAGCUAGGGCUGAUGGUUCUGAGUGGCUACUUGGGGAUAGUGGGUACCCCUGCCUCCCCUUUCUGUUGACUCCCCUCCUUAAUCCUCUUGGACGGCCACAGGUGCGCUACAAUAGCGCCCACAAAAGAGGACGUUGCGUUAUCGAGCGCACCUUUGGCCGUUGGAAGAGGAGGUUCCCGUGCCUCAAUGAUUUGCGCGUGAAGGUGGAUACUACUUUCACAAUAAUAGUGGCUUGCUCGGUCCUGUGGAACAUCUCCCUCGACCAUAACGAGGUAAAUAUUCCAGGACCUGAGCCAGAGGAAAUGCCUCCACUUGUCCACCUUCCUCCUGGCCUACAUGACGCUGUCGCUGGUAGGCUCAGGAGAGAGCAAAUCAUUGAGGACCAUUUUUCCAACUAACCCAAGUAGCCACUCAGAACCAUCUUCUCUGGUACCAGCUGUUCUUCCAGUCCACUUAGAGGAAAUCCUUGAAUUGAGAUGCUGACAAGGUAUUUGUUAUUUUCCAGCAUUACAGGGCUUUUACACUGGGCAUUCAGAGUGUUAGGUAGUACGCAUACAAUCAUUUUUACUACCGUAUUAUGGACAUUGUUUCUUUGAGACCAUGUCGCUCUUUUACGUGCACUUUGGAGCAUGAAAAAUAUUAGCUUUUACAAUUUGAAUUCAAGGAUUACACUGUCACAGCCUCAUUUUUUAAAUUGGCAUCAUUGUCAUAAAUUGAAAGUUGCUCUUUCAAUUCUCUGAUGGUGCUAUUCAUGAUGCAUUUUUAAAAAAAUAUUCAAUUUAAGGAACUCCUUGUCAUACAUGUAGACACCUUUUUAAGAUACCAAUUUAUUUCCCCAAAGUUAAACUUGUGCAAUACAUAUCAUUUUUCAUGUGUCAAAUGAAAA